UCUUCUAUAAAUUAAACCCUAAACCUCUUUAAUUUCUCAUUCCAUCUCUGUUUAUCAGAUUCCAAUUCUCAAUCUUUUCUCUCGUUUAUUGCCUUCGAAAACCGAUUCAAGAUGCAGAUCUUCGUUAAGACCCUCACCGGAAAGACAAUCACUCUCGAAGUCGAGAGCAGCGACACCAUUGACAACGUCAAAGCCAAAAUUCAAGACAAGGAAGGAAUUCCACCGGACCAACAACGUCUCAUCUUCGCCGGAAAACAACUGGAAGACGGCCGAACUUUAGCCGACUACAACAUCCAAAAAGAAUCAACUCUCCACCUUGUUCUCCGACUCCGAGGAGGCAUGCAAAUCUUUGUCAAGACCCUGACCGGAAAGACGAUCACUCUCGAAGUUGAGAGCAGUGACACAAUUGAUAACGUCAAGGCAAAGAUUCAAGAUAAGGAGGGAAUCCCACCUGAUCAGCAGCGUCUCAUCUUUGCCGGGAAACAACUCGAGGACGGCCGCACUUUGGCUGAUUAUAACAUCCAGAAGGAGUCCACCCUCCACCUUGUCCUCCGUCUUCGCGGUGGAAUGCAAAUCUUCGUGAAAACCUUGACCGGAAAAACCAUCACCUUGGAGGUAGAGAGCAGCGACACAAUCGAUAACGUGAAGGCAAAAAUCCAGGACAAGGAAGGUAUCCCACCAGAUCAGCAGAGGUUGAUCUUCGCCGGGAAACAGCUUGAAGAUGGCCGGACUUUGGCUGACUAUAACAUCCAGAAGGAGUCGACCCUCCACCUUGUGCUCCGUCUUCGUGGUGGCAUGCAAAUCUUCGUCAAGACCUUGACAGGAAAAACCAUCACCUUGGAGGUAGAGAGCAGUGACACUAUUGACAAUGUUAAGGCGAAAAUCCAAGACAAGGAAGGGAUCCCACCGGAUCAGCAGAGGUUGAUCUUCGCCGGGAAGCAGCUGGAAGACGGCCGGACUUUGGCUGAUUAUAACAUUCAGAAGGAGUCUACCCUUCACCUUGUGCUCCGUCUCCGCGGUGGUAUGCAGAUUUUUGUGAAGACUCUGACCGGGAAGACGAUUACUUUGGAGGUGGAGAGCAGUGAUACGAUUGAUAAUGUGAAGGCGAAGAUUCAGGAUAAGGAGGGGAUUCCUCCUGAUCAGCAGCGGUUGAUUUUCGCCGGGAAGCAGCUUGAAGAUGGGAGGACUUUGGCGGAUUAUAAUAUCCAAAAGGAGUCAACUCUUCACCUUGUUCUUCGUCUGCGUGGUGGAUUCUGAAUGCGGGAAUUGAUCUGAUUGUGGUUUUUAAUCUUUAAGAUGUGUUUGUUUUUUAGUUUCUGUGAGAGCCUAAUGGGCGUCUUUACUUGGUAAUUGUAAUGUGUGUCUGGCCUUUGUUUAGGCCUGUGAAUAAUGUUUUUCAUUUUCUAAAGAAGUAUUUUUCUGUUCUAAAA